CCUCUCUUCUCUCUUUUAAACCCCUCCCCCUCCAAAAGAUACCAAAAAAAAAACAAAUAAUGUCAGAAUAAAACGCGGCGCAGCACACACCCCAGCUCCUCCUCCGGCGACGAGAAAAAAAAAUGGACGCGCAGUACAACCCGCGAACGGUGGAGGAGGUCUUCCGCGACUUCAAGGGCCGCCGCGCCGGCCUCGUCCGCGCGCUCACCGCAGAUGUGGAGGAUUUCUUCCGGCAAUGCGACCCGGAAAAGGAAAACUUGUGCCUUUAUGGGUUUCCCAAUGAGCAUUGGGAAGUAAAUUUGCCCGCAGAAGAGGUGCCACCUGAGCUCCCAGAGCCAGCAUUGGGCAUUAACUUUGCACGAGAUGGGAUGCAGGAAAAAGAUUGGCUGUCCAUGGUUGCAGUGCACAGUGAUGCAUGGUUACUUUCUGUUGCAUUUUACUUUGGUGCUCGGUUCGGAUUUGAUAAAAAUGACAGGAAGCGCCUGUUUGGUAUGAUUAAUGAUCUUCCCACGAUUUUUGAAGUUGUUAGUGGGAAGAGUAAAGCCAAGCCACCGAGUGCUAAUAACCACAGCAAUAGUAAAUCAAAAUCCAGCAAUAAAACGAAGUCUUCUGAGCCUCGGGCGAAGCAGCCAAAGCCGCAGCCCCAGCCCCCAGUGAAGAACGAAGGCCGCGAGGAGGAAGGCGGCCCGGACGACGAGGAAGGCGGCGGUGGCGGCGGAGGAGGCGGUAGGGAGGAGGAGCACGGGGAGACGCUGUGCGGCGCGUGCGGGGAGAGCUACGGCGCCGACGAGUUCUGGAUCUGCUGCGACAUCUGCGAGAAGUGGUUCCACGGCAAGUGCGUCAAGAUCACCCCGGCCAAGGCGGAGCACAUCAAGCAGUACAAGUGCCCCUCCUGCAGCGGCGGCAACGGCGGUGGCGGCGGCGUCAGCGGCAACGGCAAGCGUGCGCGCCCGUCCUAAGGUGUGGCACGGCGAGCCCAUCCAGAGUUAAGAUUUGGGCUCGCCGUGUGGUAGGAGCAGUCUGCAUAGUGCAGUGCAGCGGCUAUUCUUAUUUGCAAUGGCUGUAACUCGUGAGGAUGAUUUUUAACUUUGUUAAGUUAUUGUAUGGCAGUGGCUGUAACUUGUAAGGGUGUUUUUAACUUGUUAGGCAUGCAGUUGUGCUGCCCCUUAGGGGGCUAAGACUGCUUAUCCAUUGUACUCCUAAUCUAAUCUUAAUUUGGUUUUUUUUUAAUUAAGUAGAUGGCUGUAUUUAGCUGGUCUACCAGCUUACUA